CUGGCGUCGCCCCCUCCUUCUCGCAACUUGCUCGGGCUCCCUCUACCUAGCAACCGAUAACGUCACGUCCACUCUGACCAGUCACAGAUGCUCAUUCCAGGCUUGUGGGCGUGUCAGGGCCGGGAUUCCAGGGGAUUCCCGCCGGCCCCGCCCCGCCCCCCGCGCGCCCUUUUCGGCUUUCCGGGAAAUCGCGGUAGCCUCCGGGAAGGCACCGGGUGGGAUUGGGGAGGCAUCCGCCGCACCAGAGACCGAAAAGGUCCAGACUAGAACACACUGGGAGCAGUACCGGGACCUACACGGAGCCUCUGGAACACUCCAGAACCAACUGCUGGAAGAACCGGGACCAACCGGGAGCAGGACCGGGACCCAGCAGGACAAGACCAGGACCCAGCAGGAUCAGACCAGGACACACUCCGUGCCCCCUGAUGUUUUCUCCCCAGAUACGCCGGUUCCUGGCCCUGCUGGCCCCCGAUCGCGGGAGCUGGACGUUGGUGGGGGGGCUUAUGGUGGCUUCUGCCCUCGGUGAGGUGGCUGCCCCGUACUUCACAGGCCGUGUCACCGACCGGGUGACACAGGAGGAUGCGACAGCGGCUGUGUGGCCCCUUGUGCUGGUGAGGCUCAGCAGUGCCAUCACUGAGCUGGCCUGUGACAGCAUGGCUGCUCUGGCGCUGACACGGGCGCGGAAGCGGCUCCAGUGCGGUGCAGUGGCCGCAGUGCUUCGUGGGGACAUGCCCGGGCCUGGGGGCAGCCUGGGAGACACGCCAGGCGCGGUGGCUGAGCGUGUGACAGGGGACGCCGAGGUAGUGCACUCGUCGCUGGCCCAUUUGCUGGUGUCGUGGCUGUGGGAGUUGACACGGGCUGUGUCACUGCUGGCCACGGUGGCCUGGCUGUCCCCGGUGCUGGGCUUGCUCACCCUCCUGGCACUGCCCCUCUUCCUGCUGCUGCCACGCACAGUUGGACGUAUCCAACAGGACCUGGCACGGCAGGUGCGGGUGGCAGAGGCCAACACCACUGCGGUGGCCCUGGAGUCACUGGGGGCCAUCGGCACCGUCCGGGCCUUUGGGCACGAGGCUGGUGUCACCAUGCGGGUCCAGCAGCGCCUCGCCCAGCAGCACCAGUUGGAGAAGAAGGAGGCACUGGCCUAUGCAGCUGGAUGCUGGGCCAGUGGGUUCCCUUCACUGGCUCUGAAGGUGGCAGUGCUUGUCUUGGGGGGGUACUUGGUGUCUGCAGGGACUGUCACUCCUGGGGAACUGGUGGCCAUCCUCAUGUGCCAGCUACACUUCAUCCGUGCUGUGGAGAACGUGCUCCGGUACCUUCCAUUCCUGGCCAAGGCCUUUGGCUCCUCUGAGACACUCCUGGAACUGCUGGAGCAGGCCAGGAAGGUGACACCUGGAGCAGGGCCACCGUCACCUGUCACCCCCGACAACCAUGAGACCACAUGGACUCCAGGCCUAUGCCUCAAGGAUGUCUGGAUGUCAUAUCCUGGACGGUCUGAGCCAGUCCUCAAGGGGGUGUCGCUGUCGCUGCGCCCCGGGGAGGUUGUGGCUGUUUUGGCGCCCCCUGGCGGCGGGAAGAGUUCGCUGGUGGCGGCGGCGCUGGGGCUGCACCCCCUGGCGGGCGGGGCUGUGCUGCUGGACGGGAAUCCCGUGACCCCUCGCUCGGCCCCUGCUCUGCGACAGCAGGUGACUGGUGUCCCGCAGUGCCCAUCCCUCUUGUCUCGCUCCCUCAGCGCCAACAUCACGCUGGGCUGGGAACACAAGGAGGAGACACAGGUGGUGGCAGCAGCACGGCGGGUGGGGGUGCACACUUGGGCCAAACAGCUGCCACAGGGUUACAACACAGAGGUGGGCCCACGGGGGAUGCAGCUUUCAGGGGGACAGACACAAGGGGUGGCGCUGGCCCGGGCCCUGCUCAGGACCCCCCGAGUGCUGGUGCUGGAUGAGCCCACGCGGGCACUCGACCCCGUGAUCCGGCGCCAGGUGGAGCAGGAGCUGCUGUGUUCCGGCGGUGCCGGGGCAGGGGAGGGGCCGGCAGUGCUGCUGGUCACAGGGCGGGUGGCACUGGCCCAAAAGGCACCCAGGGUGGCCCUACUGGACGGGGGACGGCUGCGGGAGCUGGGGAGCCCUGAGGAGCUCAGGACCCUCCCGUGGGCAGCAGCGGGAGACGCUGGGAAUGGGGAGGGGGACGACUAGGGCAGGGAGGGGGACGCUGGGGAUGGAGACUGUGAGAACAGGGGUGAGGACGCUGCAGGGGAGGGGCAGUGGAGACAUGGAGAACAAGGAUGGGGACACCGUGGGGGAAGGAGGGGUGACUUCGGGGCCAGGGCUGUGAUAGUGACCGAGUCAAUAAAUCUACAGAUUUAUACAUCAAUAAAUCAAUAAAUCAAGCAAUAAACGUGUCGAGAGUGGGGCUGGGGCCGGAACCACCCUCGGCUGAGCCCCGUGGCCCCUCCCCCCUCCAUGAGCUCAUCGUGUUGAUGGAGAAAAUUCCUUGGCGGGGGCGGGGGGCACACGCGGUGGGGGGGGAACACGGAGGGGAGAAAAGGGGGAGGACCAGGGGAGGACAUCGGGUGGACAUGGGGCACCCCCCCACUCUGUUCCCUUCCAUGUCUGCCCCGCCCCGGCCUUCUGGCCUUUUGAGGGGUCCCAGGAGCGCCCCCCGCCCCCCCCGCUGUUGUUGUUGCUGCCGGGGCAGUGAGUCACGGCCACGCCCGGACUGGGAGCACUGGGAGGGGUUGUGCUGGGGCACUGGGAUGAGCUAUACUGGUGUUACUGGGAGCCCUGGGGCGGUCUGUGCCACAUUACUGGUGUUACUGAGAGCAUUUGGACAGAUUGUACUGGUGUAAUUGAGAGGACUGGGGUGGACUGUGCCGUGUUACUGGUGUUACUGGGAGUCAUAGGUUAGGCUUACUGGUUAGGCUUACUUGCUUAUUUGGGGUUGCUGGUGUCAAUGGAAUGGGCCAUACUGGUGUUACUGGGAGGACUGGGGUGCACUGUGCCACUAUACUGGUGUCACUGGGCGCACUGGGGCAGGCUAUACUAGGGUUCCUGGGAGCACUGGGAUGGGCUUUCCCAUGCUACUGGUGUCACUGGGAUGGGCCAUACUAGUGGUAUUGGGAGCUGUGGGUCAUGCUGUGCUGUGUUACUGGUGUCACUGGUGUCACUGGGAGCACUAAAGGGCUGUGGGGGGGUAGGUGGCACUGGGUUUACUGAUGGUUCUGGGAGCACUGGGAUGGACUAGACUGGGGAUCUUGUGAACUGGGGGUCAGUCUGAGGCACUUUACAGGUGUCACUGGGAGUCCUGGGAUGUGCUGUGCCUGUGUUAGUGGUGCGCUGGUGUCACUGGUGCCACUGGGAUGGACUAGACUUGGGUUCUCAUGGUCUGGGGGGUCAGUCUGAGGCGUGCUACUGGUGAAACUGGGGGCACUGGGAUGUGCUGUGCCUGUGUUAGUGGUGCACUGGUGUCACUGGGAGCAGUGGAAUGGACUACACUGGGAUUCUUGUGAGCUGGGAGCAUGUUACUGGUGUCACUGGGAUGGACUGCACUGGGGUCCUUGUGAGCUGGGGGUCAGUCUGAGGUGCAUUACUGGUGUCACUGGGAGUACUGGGAGCCCUUCCAUCUGGAUUGUUUGGUUUCCAUGGUGACUCCCCAAACACGG